UCGUGCAUGUCGUUUUUAUUUCUUGCGUGUUUUUGAGUUAUGGUGUAAUAACCCUCCUGAUUUAUUGUAAAUACCUUUAAUAGGUCAUGAAAUACUCAUACUUCAUUUGUUUGUGAUCUUGUAAUCUUUCCUUUGGAUUUCAUUUUCAGCUACAUAUUGAUGGAUUUAUUAAAGAUACCUCUAGUCCUUUUCGUCGAACAUCUAGUCUAACUCCUAAAUCUUUGAGACUACAAAUGCCAGUUUUCAAAACAACAAAUCCUGGGUGAUUUUGACACUGAAGCUGUUUCCUACCACUGCAGUGGACUUCCGUUCAUACUUAUCCUUCAAACGGUUCGUAGUUCACCUAUCAUUUCUGACAAUUAUGCCUUAUUGAACAGUUGAUCGCAACAUACAUCUCUUGAGUUACUGGGAUUAUGAAAAUAUGCAAUACCAAUAUAAAUCAUUUUUAUAAAUAAUUAUAUAGUCAAGCCUACAAAGAGUAUAUUCUCAAUGACUACCAAAGCACAUGGUAAUGGUGAGCACACAGGUUCAUUUUAACUACACCGUGGUACAUUCGACUGGAAGUGAUUCGGUGUGUAGUUACCUUACUUCGUUAGGUUGGAUGCUUGAAAAUGGGGGAUUUUCAGAGCUUUAAGUUCGAGAAUUCCAUGCCGGAUUUAUGUCCUGAAACACAGCUGAACUUUAGAAAGUUUCUUCAAGCUGCUGGGAUUGAAAACAUGUUGAUUAAAGAUGGCCGGAGAAUAUCAGAUACCGAAGUACUAAAUGAAAUCAGGAAAGAGGUCGCUGUUUUGUCUAUGAACGACGAUGAUGGACGGACCUCGUCGCUGAUUCUUGCGUGUAUCAACGGUGACGAUGAAGCUGUUAAACUUCUCAUUCUUUCGGGCGAGUGCGAUGUAAACGAGGUUGCACCUGAUGGAGAAACUGCACUGACGUGUGCCAUAUCCUCGAAUGCUGUACGGAUUGUGGAGAUGUUGUUAAAACAUGGGUCUGAUCCAAACUUUCGUGGUAAGAAAGUUGAGUGCACUCCAUUGAUGGAAGCUGCUAGUGUUGGUUAUACUGAUAUUGUGAAGUUGCUGUUGGAACAUGGAGCAUGUGUUGUCCAAAAGUCGAACACAGGAAAUACUGCACUACAUUAUGCUGCUACUUCCGGUCACUUGGAGUGUGUUUGUCUUUUACUACAGUACAAUAGCCCAAUGGAAGUUCAAAAUGAUACUGGUCAUACACCUUUGAUGGAAGCUACAAGUAACGGGCACGUAGACGUCGCUCGUUGCCUUAUAAAGCAUGGAUGCGAUAUUAACACACAUUCAGCGGAAUUCAAAGAAUCCGCACUAACUCUGGCAAGCUACAAAGUAUGUGUACGAUAUUCCUAUUGAAAUCUAUCAGCAAAACUUUCCGUAUAAUUCGAUCCUAUGGACACUGGCUUAUAGUAGCAUCAGUGCACGUUUAUUAGGUGUUAGGAAGUUAAGAUCUAAAACAACUGUUAAGGGUUUAAAUGCUGUCUUACGGUUCAUGUAACGGACUGCGAGCAUAUUACUCUACAGUUUUUUAGUUUGUAAAAAGGACAGUGUAGUCCCGAGUACCAUUUUUUAUCCGUAGUCCUAUUCCGUUUGUAUCAAAUAACACAAUCAUAACGCCUCAUCUAAUUUAUAGACUUGUUUCGUGCGUUGAGUCAACUAUGUUUCGUCUCAAUUUUGGAUAGGAUUUACAGUUGGAUAGCUACCGUCUGGGUGUCCCUCUCAACAGUCAUUUUCCUAUAAAUGAAAUAUUUGUAUUUGUAAUCAAUAUGUUCCUGGCCAUCAAUUUUUCCUGGUGUUACCGUCUACUUAUAUCAGGGGAUUGCGGUCUGGCAAAUUUAGCUCAUCAUUACGUUCCAUAAUCAAUUCCAUCAAGUAUAAGUGACGCGUGUUCCAAAACCACUACCUAGAUUUAAAGAGUCGUAACUCAUGGAUGCAUUAGCAAGACUGUUACGCCAAGUGUUUCCUAUUUAAACAGUGUGAACUCCAUAUUUAAGCUGGUUGGAGUGUUGUUUUUAGCAUAGUAACCCCAUUUGUUCCCCGUUUCCUUGUCUGGUAUAUUCUUUGUAUAAAGGUUCAGUCCAUACUUUUAAACACCUGUCUUAGCCAGUUAGCCAUGCCCUCAAAUAUGACUUUAUGUACUUGAGUUUUGGGGCAAAAAUAGUACGAUCGAACUUUAUAACGUGGAGCUCAGUUUAUCGCGUGAAUCUACAUUGCAUCCAUUUACAGUUCGCACAGAUGGUUUACUGGAUGUCGUUAAGGCAUAUGUAAAGAACAAGAACUAUUAAAAAGAUGUAGUGUUACAAGUUUUGCUACUAAUGCUGUUCACAUCAAACACUCGAGAACUGAAUAAGUAGAUGUUUCCUUAUCCUGGUAGUGCUUUUUUUCAAAGGGUCAUGCGGAAAUGGUCCGCUUCCUGUUGACUGCAGGAGCCGAUCACGAACAUCGUACUGAUGAAAUGCACACUGCUCUAAUGGAAGCUGCAAUGGAAGGUCAUGUCGAAGUUGCUCGAUUACUCCUUGCUCAUGGCGCGAACGUGAACAUACCACAAGAUAGUUUCGAGUCCCCUCUAACUUUGGCCGCUUGUGGAGGCCAUACUGAGCUUGCACAUCUGUUAAUUGGAUAUGGAGCAGAUAUUGAAGAGGUGAAUGACGAGGGCUAUACACCCUUAAUGGAAGCUGCAAGAGAAGGUCAUGAAGAAACUGUCGCUUUAUUGCUUGCAGUAGGUGAGUUGAUGAGUAUUUAUUCUGUAAAUUUUUAAUAAAAAAAUUCAGUACAACCUGCAUUAAUGUACUUUGUCUUGAAUAUUUGCGUCAUUAUCACUAAUGAUGCUAAUUAUAUGUCAAUUCUUUUCUUAACUGACCGACUUGCUGUUAGCAUGUGUCGUGUGUUGUAUUCCUUUCAAGUCUUUACACCUAACUAAACAGCGAAUCCAAGAGAAUUUUCUGUAUUAUGUAUUUAAUAGGGUUGUGUUAUCCGUUCCCGUAGAUUUUGUUAUCCCAUACUUAUUCCUCAAAUUCAUCUCUUUUUUUCUUAGAACCCUAUUCUCUGUGUUUAUUCCUCUUUAUUCCCCUAUCAACCUGAGUUUCAUAGUAGUUCUUCAUAUCGCAUUUUAAUUCUUAAAUAAAAACCACGAAUAUUUUGAAUCGUAUAAUACGAUAAUACCAAAUUUAGAUCUUAAGAUGCAUAUUAACAUUUGAAAUGUUAUUUGGUUCAACAAGCGACUAUACGAAAGUGCUAAUUAGGACUCAGGUUAUAUUGUUUCUGGUUACUUUGCCUUCAUAUGAAUAUCUUGCGAUCUGUUUAGGUGCUGAAGUUAACGCAAGAACGGAGGAAACCCAAGAAACUGCUCUCACGCUUGCAGCCUGUGGCGGAUUCAUAGAAGUCUGUGAAAUGCUUUUAAAUGCUGGUGCUGAUAUUGAAGUUGGCGGAGUUGGUUGUUCUACUCCUUUGAUGGAAGCUGCUCAAGAGGGACAUCUAGAACUUGUCCGGCGUUUGUUGGAGCGUGGAGCAUUAGUGAAUGCAGUGACCGCCACUGGAGACACGGCGCUUCAUUAUGCAGCUGAAAAUGGGCAUGUCAAAGUUUGCGAGAAGUUGCUUGACUGGGGAGCCGUUUUUGGAGCUAUGACAGAAGGAGGACGAACUCCAUUGAUGAAGGCUGCAAGAACAGGUCAUUUGGAAGUUGUCCAGUUAUUUUUAGAGCGUGGAGUAGCGAUUGACCAGCCUACCUCACAGAAUGAUGCCAAUGCCUUGUCGUUAGCUUGUAGUGGCGGACAUGCAAAGAUGGUAGAGUUCCUUCUUCAACAUGGUGCUGAUCCUCAAUAUCAGUUAAGAGAUGGUUCUACAAUGCUAAUCGAAGCUGCUCGUUCUGGAAAUCCAGCAGUUCUGAGACUCAUUUUAGACUAUCCUAAAUGUCUCAGUCAGCCGUCGUCCAUGCUUCCAAAUGCUUCUGUUCAGCUUGUUGCGAAUACAUUGAACCAACAUCAAACUCAACACCAAUUUUCUCAUGACCAGCGUUCUGCUUACCAAUCACUCGUGAAUGGCGUACCUACAAUCGGCAAUGUUAUCAUGCCACCACCCCCACCGCCUUUACCUAUUUCUGUCUCCGGAAUAACCAACAUGGAUAUGUGCCUUGACCCAUCUCAUUCACAUAUGCACUCACAAGGUCAUUCGCAUUCCUGUCAUUCACACCAACAACUUUCGUUUCAGGCUCCUUCCAGUCUUUCUACGUCAACUAACUCUGUUCAGCCCACAACUCAUAUAAAUGCGGCACUGGCCAACGCAUAUGCUGUUGGAUGGGCAGCCGGGGCAGCUGCUUUAGUUCACCAACAACAGCAGCAGCAUACAAUAAACUCAGCUAUUACCAGUUCAGUGGAUGCACCUUUGGUUAUGUGUCCUCCAGUCAGCGCUAUACUUUCACACACACAUACUUCUGGACCAUUGCAUGAUCAGAUUUUGUUGACAAACAACAAUACAUUCGAGCUUCUUCCUGGAACUUCUUUAUCAACAAAUGGAUCAUGUACUACUUUACCUUCAAACUGUUCGAUUAUGGCUCACAAUGCGCAUUUAAAUUUUCAAACUACUUCUGUCACUGCUGCUGUCGAUUCAGUUACCGGGAUAACUAGUGUUCAAACUGUGUUAACUCAGGCAACACUAGGUGCUAGUGGAACGGGACCAUCAUCUAGUACAACUAAUAGUAUUGGUAGCAUCAGUGGAGGUAGUUCAACCAGCAGUGGAAGCAGUGCUUCAUCCAUGGUUGCUGGAUCUUCAAUUGACCUUACAGAUGACUUUAGUGCUGGUCUACUGGCACUUUUUCAAGAGCUGAUGCCUGAUUUGAAAGCGGAUAAAGAUGAAUUGAUCAAACGAUUUGAAGCUGUCAUGUGUCCCUUCAGCACACUUCGUGCUGCUCGUACUGCUAUUAGUCAACGAAAUGGAACCAAUCUGGAUUCUCCAACCGCAAUCGCUAUGAGUACUAAUGCUGCCGUUUUGGCUCUUAGCAAGUUAAUUGAUCAACAAUCACAGUGUCGUGCUCAUUCUUCGUAUCCUGGAAAUGGUUGUGAAGUACUGGAACAACACCUUUCACCUAGAUGUAUUCAUACAUCUUCAGCUGAUGCCGUCUUGUCUAAAACCACCCAGUGGACAGGUCUGCUUUCGACUUCCUGUGAUACACAGUUUCCGGAACCAAUUUCUUUUUCCACUGAGUGUGGCCCAACACUUAGCAAAGUACCUGAUGAUCAACCAGACCUCACUGACUCCAACGAUCAUAACUUUAGUGCCGCUGCAAAUGUAACACCGGUUAUGUCUUCUUGCCAUUCAUCAUGCUCCGCGUUAUCAACAUCAGAAUGUUCAAUGUCUUCUGUCCAUAGUGCCAACUUCUUAUGCCGUGCCAAUAAAACAACUUCAACAUCCGUCGAGUCUAUUUUACCUGCACUAAAUUCUUACGACUAUGGAUUGGAUAAAACCUCUGACGUAUUAGGACCUUGCAUUGAUUCCUCGUAUUUAAGCAAUCUCGUGGAUUCUGUCGGUCUUGCAACAACUCAAGCUGUCAUUCAUGAAGCUGGUUUAAACCAUGAUAUACUUACAUGUUAUCGUCAUUUUCACCAUCCUGGAUCACAUUUUGCUUGUGCGUUUGAUGCUACAGCCACGACAGCUUCAGUAGCGAAUUUGAGUCAUAUGGGUGUUCAUAACAAUAUGCAUCAUCACCACCAUCAUCAUCAUCAUUCUCUGAAUGUAUCAACUUGCGGAGAUAAUCUAAUCGGUUCUAACAAUUUACUUCAUGUCCCACAACAGUCGUCCGCUAUUUCCAUCGAUAGUUUAAUGGUAAAUCAAGCGGGAACGAUCGCUUACAAUCCCUCAGCAAUGGCAGGAUACCAACAUGUCGCACACCCAACAUUGUUACCAGUAAGUGGAAGUAGAGUUCUGCCAGUAGGACCCCAGUCUAUCCUAUCAUCUGGAAGUGCUUCUAUACCGAACCAUGGUUUGUCACCCAAUGACAUGGCUGCAGUUGCUUCUAACAACUUGUCUAUGAUGGGAGAUACAAUAUCUCCCUUAAAUGUACCAUCUUUAAUUGAUGUUAAUGCUUGUAUUGAAUCCAGUAUGGAGACAGCUCUAACUUUGGCGUGUAGUGGGGGAUUUGUUGAUCUUGUUCGUCUGUUGUUGGAACGUGGAGCUGACAAAGAACAUCGUGACAAAAAAUCACACACACCACUCCAUACUGCUGUGUGUGCCAAUCAGCGCUCUGUCGUCUCAUUGCUGCUUGAUUAUGGCGCAGACAUUGAGGCACAAGUGGAUCGCACAAAAGAUACGGCUCUGUCAAUAGCGUGUUCUCAUGGAAAAUUAGAGAUCGUCGAAGAACUACUGAACCGUGGUGCCAACAAAGAACAUCGGAAUAUAUCUGAUUACACUCCGCUGAGUUUGGCUGCGUCGGGAGGAUAUGUUGAGGUUAUACAAUUGCUUCUACGUCAUGGUGCAGAAAUAAAUUCGAGAACCGGUUCAAAGCUUGGAAUCUCUCCCCUUAUGUUAGCUUCUAUGAAUGGACAUACUGCAGCUGUUCGUUUGUUACUUGAACAUGGCUCGGAUAUAAACGCACACAUUGAAACUAACCGCAAUACUGCUUUGACCUUAGCAUGCUUUCAAGGUCGUUACGAAGUUGUACAACUUUUGGUCGAACGCAAGGCCAAUAUUGAACAUCGUGCGAAAACUGGUCUUACUCCUCUAAUGGAAGCUGCCUCUGGUGAUUAUGUAGAAGUUGGGAGAAUCCUGUUAGAUCAUGGGGCUGAUGUCAAUGCGUCACCCGUACCAAGUUCCAGAGACACAGCUCUGACCAUUGCAGCCGAUAAAGGCAAUGCGAAAUUCGUCAACUUGCUCUUGGAAAAAGGUGGAGUUGUUGAAGCACGAAAUAAAAAAGGUGCCACCCCACUAUGGUUAGCUUCAAACGGUGGUCACCUUGAGGUCGUUCAAAGUCUUAUCCAGUACAAUGCAGAUGUGAAUAGCCAAGACAAUAGAAAAGUCAGUUGUUUAAUGGCAGCUUUUCGCAAAGGUCACAUUAAUGUGGUGCGCUUGUUAGUUCAAUAUGUAACUCAGUUCCCAUCUGAUAAGGAUUGUAUUAGACAUAUUAAAACUGCAGUAACGGACAAGGUGAGUUUUAAAGUUGUUACUUUUGAAGUUCAUUCACUUUCACAUGUAACCUUAUUGGAUAUCUAAAUCAACCAUUUUAUACAAAUUAUAUUCUGUUUCAAUUUAACACGCAUUGAUUUGUAUUUAUCAGUUUUUUUGUUACAAUCUGAGUAAUUCUUAGGUAUAUUACUUCGAUAGGCUUUUGCUAGUUAUUGAUCAUCUAACUAUUAUUUGUUGCAUAUACUAUAUAGCUGACUACCUCUCAUGUAAUUAAAAAAAAAACAAAUUCAUUGUAUUGAUUUUCGGCAGUUAACAACCCGACUAAUUAACUACAUGUACAGUACAUCUCUAAUGCUCCGCUUUGUUGAAAAUGUAUAGUGGACUCAACAGUUGUGUUAAUAAAUAGUACUUGUAGGCAAACAUUUUGUCAUAUAUCACUGAUCCUCGCCGCCUACAUUAUUCUAUCUUGUAUUAUCCUAUCAAGAUUGGUCGACCUUGUGUGUCUAUAUUUUAAUCAGACAUGUGAUGAUGUAUUUUUCUCACUCAUUUUUAUUAGCCAAAGUUUUAUCCUUGUCAAUGUUAAUUAAAGACCUAGAGAUCUGUCUGUUUUGGUCUCAUCAUCACGUGCUCUAGCCCCAUGUUACUAUUGGCUAACAUGUCUGCCAAUAACAUACAUCUGCUUUCUAGGCGAAUCAGAUUUAAGCCAUUGUUUACUCGCGCAACCUGUGCAGAUUUGCCUGCCUGAAUGCUAUUGGAUUAUGAUAUAUCGUCUUUUAGUGAGACCUUAGCUCAACUUUUCAAACACUUUCUUAGUAUUUGCAGGUCAUUACGUUGGCAUGCGUUUAACAACGUCACUGCAUUGUUUUCUCAUACCCUAGCAGCAUGACACAUUAUCUUUACCUAACCAAGUAUAAUUCCACCAAUGUGAUAGCAAGUACGCGUUUCGAAAUUGCAGCGCAAAAUCCAUCAUCAUAUUCACUAAGGCGCUGGCAACCUCAUGCGUUAACCAACACUUCCCAUCCUCCGCCUAAUCAUGUUGCUCCUCUGACUUUGUGUGAUGAAAAUCCUAUAUCAGCUAGCUUCCAAUCCCCUCAAAACUCACCCGACUUGGAUUUAUUACUUACUAAUUUGUCCUGUACAUUCUCAAAACAAAACCUGUCCAUAUCGAAUGAGGAUUAUUGUAGUAGUACACAUGAUGAUGAGAGUUUCGUUUUGGAGGAUGAUGUCGCAUCUGUUCAUAGUACGGAUAGGAUUUCUUCGUCUAGUGGAUGUUCUGUUAGCUUUGAUUCAUUUUCAUCUGGGAACUGUUCAUUUUGUAAUCCGGUAAGAAAUUUCAUAAUUUUGGCUAUCAUAAUUUUAAUUGGGGUUUACGUAUAAAUACUGCUUGUAGCUGUUUGCUUUUAGUAUAAUCAUCACCAAAUUUUAAAUGCUUUUAUUAUUAUAUUUAUAUAGAUGAUUUUUGAGUAAAUGUCCAACUUAAAAUUUUCAAUGACGGUAUAACAUCAGCUAGAAAAAAUUAAGUAGAUAUUUCGUCAUAGUUAAGGAAUUUUCACUAUCCUGCUAUCCUAGGCAGUAUUGAACUAUAAACUUUCGCUUCUUACAACAUAGAUGGUAUCCUACAAUUCUUAGAUAUGGGUAACCACAAAAUCCAUCUUGGAACAUUUCGCAAUUGAAAGUACGUGAAAUUGUUUUUAUUCCCAAUACUGCUGAUGUAAGUAACAUUGUAAAUUGUUUCAGUAAAAUCAAACAUUCAAAAGACUUGCUUUAUAGUUUUUUUUAUUUAUCAUGUAUAUGAACAUGCGUUAUUGUGUGUAUUGACCAAAGUUUAGUGGUAUUGAACUUUGUUCAUUAUUUUCAUACACUAAUAAUGGCAGGGUAAAUAAUAAUGUUGUUUUCACUACCUUUUAGGUUAUUGUGAUCUCAAGAGCCUACAUUUUGAUAUGAAGGAACUAAAACAUUUCUGUUUUUUAAGAUCGAGUUCUUUAUUCACUACUCAUCUUGUAUUCUACUUAUGCUUGUUCGGAUUGCCUGUAUGAAGAUUCCCUAUAUAUUUUAAUAUGUAUAUGAAGUAACGGUAUAUCAUAUUUCCUGUAAUGGCACUCAAAUAAGCAUAUUACCUUCAUACUGUAUUUCCUCAUUUUCUAAUGAUGUUUUUUAGUACGUCUUAUGUUGCGAAAGUAUGUUAUUCGCCAGUCUGGUGAUUUCGCUAAUCUUUCGAUGAUGCAUUUUUUUGAUAGAUGUAUCUUUAUACAAGUAAGCAACAUGGCAGUUCGUUACUCACUUCCAGAUUUUUUCAUACCGCGAAGUAUGUCUUGUAUGUUUUAUGAAUUUUUAUUAAAACAUCGAUUAGCAUAACCAAUAAUCUCGAUUCUGCUUUCUUUAAAAAAAACUCAGGAGCUGGCUAAACGCUGUCAACAGUGCAGGGAAAUUAUUAUAGCUGCUAAAGAAAAACAAGAAGGUGAGGCGAAGAAGAAUGCUGAUUGCCUUUUGGAACAAAUUGAACAGGAAGAAGAGGAACGAGCUAAUCGAGAAGCUAUGCAAGCUCGAAAACGAGAAAGGAAACGCAUGAAGCGUAAAGCAAAGCAAGAAAAAGAACGCCAAGUUAAAGGCAUAAAUCAAACACAUACAGAUUGUAAUGUCGAUGCGUCAUCUCGAAGUAAUACAACUGCUGAAACCAAUGAAAAUAAACGUACUAAUCAGGAUCGUGAUGAACAGUUUAGAGUUGAACAUAGUCCAACACUGUCACGUGUCCUACAACAUGCCCAAGAAUCCUCACUAUGUAACCAACUGUCAGAUGCUAUAAUUUAUGAUGUAGAUGACAAGCAAUGUUCUGCCUUUCGUAAUCCCUCUGAUUCACUUGUUACUGUUGUACCAAUGUCACCAGAGUCUACUAAACUUAAUCAACAGAUUGUAAAAGAUGUACAUCUUAAUUCUGAUGCUUCCAUAACUAAUGUUGAAAAAUCCAAUGUUCAACACGAUUCUGAUUCUGUUGAUAACAGUUUUUGUUCACAAGAAGCUGAAUCGAAUGCUGCGGCUGUAACAGAAGCCAAACGUGAAAAACAUCGAAACAAGAAACAAAGCCAACGAGCAGCAAAACGUGCAGCUGCCGAAAACAACACUGCUUUCGAUUUGGAUAAAGUCAGUAAAUCACCCAGCCCAGAAAUUCAGGACCCUAUUAAUUCCUCAAUCUCUCCUUGUUACGCUCUUUCUCCAAGUGGGGAUAGUGAAAACUGGAACUUGCUCAUCGAGUCCCAAAGUGCUCAUUUUGGUCAGUAUUUUAAUAUGGGCAAAAGUUCGAAUGUUGUCAGUGAUUCAAAUACAUGGACUGUAGUCGUACCAUCUAACAGUACGCGAUCUCAACGCACUACAGUGAGUACACACGUUUCUUCGCGUGUAAGUAAUGAGAUGGCUGAUUGGAAGACUACCAACUCUAGCAACAGUUCUUAUAAACGUCGACUUUCAAUUCCUGUUUCAAGGCAUGAUAUUGGGAAAGUCAUAGGUCAGGGUGGGGCAGUUGUUAGUGCCCUAAGAAAUAUGAGUGGGAUUCAAAUAGAUAUCGAAAGUGCGCGAAGUGAUGAAGUAACAGAGCGUAUGGUCUAUUUGAAAGGUCCCAGCGAAGCUGUCCAGCGAACUUAUGAAACGAUUCAGGGACUUCUCGACGGUUCAAUUGCUGGCAAUGAUGUCCUACUAAUGUAUCACGCUUUAAAAAAGUCUUCUACUCUACCAUCAAGCAUGUCGCUUUCUGGUACUGCUUUAGGCUCUCUUACUUCUAGGUUGAAUGGUGCAACUAGUGUGACAGUCCAGAAUACAAUUAAAAGCGGGUUGUCUAAUGUUAAGGUUAUCAACCCAAGUAACAGAACUCGUAGAACUGGGAAAUCUGUAACUAAUCCCGUAGCUGCAAAUACCACUCGAUCUACCUCAACUCAACCAACUCCGCUUCCCGUAGUCCCAAAACCCACAAAAACACCCACAAUAUCCAUCCCUAAUAACAGUAGCAAUAGCACGUUUUCAAGUACAACAGCUACUUUGAUUCCUUUGAUAUCUUCCGGUCUGAAGACAACUUCUGGAUCAACGAGUUGGAGUUCUAAAGUCUCAAAUACCAGCUCUUCAAAGGGUAAUUUCGCUUCCGUUGCUGCGGCAGGAAUAAGUACUCAUUCAUCGCGCCUCGUUAAGCCAGUAGACAACCAGAUAGUAAAAAGUGUUCGCAGUCAGUCAAAAACUACCGUUCAAAACUUAAUGACUGCACCGGCUCCAGCUUUGUCAUUACCAACAACAACUCCUGUUUCGUUACUAUCUCUCAAUUUAUCUCCGUUUCCAUCGAGUAGUCAAAUGUUUCCAGAUUUUAUUCCAUCGCUUUCUAAUGUCGGCGAUUUCUGUACUGAUUCUUUAGAUGAAGUUAGCUUUCCACCCUUGAAUCCUUCUAAAUCCACCAAAGUUACUCAAUCAAGAACAGCCACGACAACAACAAUACCGGCAGUAACUGUGUCAAAUAUGAGGAAUCCGUCAUGUUUAUCUAACACACAUGUUUCCUCUUCGUCUGUAAAUUGCCCCGUCGAAGGCAUUUCGUUUGGAAUGGAUAAACUUAAGAUAAAUACCUCAUCUGGUGACUUAACAUACAUGCUUUCCAUUAGUGUAUUUGACAGUCCCGUUUCUACAGUUCAUACAGCAUCUGUCUCAAAUUCAUUCCCCCUAACAACGCUUUCUACCACAUCACCGUCUAAUUAUGGACCUUUGACAGUUUCUCCUACUUGUGGAGUUAUGCAGACUUCUCAGUCGAAUACUCCAAUGGGUUCCGGUAACACACACACUUCAGCUUAUGUUUCUACACCGCCUACAACUACAACUCAAACAAAGUCAUUUGCUAGGGCUCCGGGUUCUGAACGCAGCGCGCAUCAAAGAAAUGCAAAUGUAACAGCUACUUCCGUCUCCCUUAGUCUAAACGAUUCCUUCCCACCAUCGCUUUUAUCCUUGGAUGUUAAUGGUAACACAAAUGUUUCCGUAAACGGCGGUGCUAAUGACACUACACUUUUUACACCAACAAAGCGUGCUAUCGCUUCAGACAUUCACAAUCCUGAUUUUCGUCAUGAUUCAAUCUCAAAUCAUUUUCGACCUGAUAGGUCAUGUGAAUGGCAAACUUCUGACUCAUCUGCAGCUCCUGCACCAUCGUCUUCUGCAUUUGUGAAGAACACUACGUUCUCAGUAGCCUCCAACACAUUAACAAUUACAUCCACUAGUGUCAGUAGUUCGAUCAUCGACAGUCACUCAGCUAUGGACUCUGUCCCAGUUGUUACAAACGUAUCACAAACGCGCGAUCCUAUCGGUUCUCUCCACUCUAUGCCAAUAUUAUGGUCUGCUUCGAGACCCGAUUUGAAUCCCAACUCAAUAGGUUUCCAACCGUCGUUCCAAACACUUAACCAAGUCGUACCAAACUUGAAGGCUAGUGCUGAAUCAGCUGACUCAUUAAUUCAGGCUUCCUUACUCCGAAAUGACUUCUCUAAUCACUCUGUACCUGAUCAAUUUCAAGAUCAAUACUCUACCCAAGGAGCUCAAUCUGGUGUCUUGCGUCAAAUGGUCACACAAGCGUCUCUCCAGAAAUCGAAUCCCGUUGGAUUAUCAUAUUUACAGUCCGCUCAUCAACAAACUCAGAUUAGUAAUUGCUCUUCAGGUUUAAACAUUUCAAACACGCAAAGUAUGUUGCCAACAUCCUCAACAAAUACUCCCCUAAAUGCAUCUUUCCGGUUCAAGCCUCCAAUGUCUGGUACCUCUGCAUAUUUAGAAUCACGAUCUACAGCAUUAAAUGGUUUUCCAAGUGGUUUUUGUUCUCCAUCGACUUCUUCAAUGCCUUUGAAUAAUCAAUUUUCUUCCGUUUUCCCUAUGACUCAACAACAGUCAUUCCCGUUACAACAGCAACUUUCUUUAGGCCCAGGUACUAUUUCAGCCUUAAAUCAACAGACCACAAGUGGAUUAUCAACUCGUUUGGGUAAUUCAUCACAUCCUAUGAUUAAUCAAACACAAUUGUCUAUGUGUUCAUCUGGUCCAGGUGGAUCUUACACUCCUCCUCCUUUUAUGACCGGUUAUGUUCAACCUAGCAUCCAACCUGUGUGUAGUGCUACAUCAGUCGUCCAUCCAAAUACAAACUAUACAUCUCAUUUGCUUAACGGUUUCAGUUCUUCAUCCCAUACUGGAACAGUGUGUACUCCGACAGUAGGUGCUGGAGUCCCGUUAGGUAUUCCAUCAAAUGCGGCACAAGGUCCUGUUCAAAACCAACCCGUUCCUAUACAACCAAUCGGUGCUGAACGUCGCCGACAAGCCAACACUCUCACGUCUGUCACUUCUUCGAGUAUAGUUUAUCCCAAUAUGUCGAGCAAUAAUAAUCUAGCUGGACCUGUCAACUCAGCAGCUCCGGUUGUAGCCAGUCCCCUAGCGACGAUGCAUCCACAAGCUCCUUCUCCUCAACAGUGUUCCGUUAAUUCCAAUGCUAAUAAUUUGUUAAUGGCGUUUACGAUGAAUUGGAUGCAGCAGCAACAACAACAACAACACUCAAACUUAGUUAGUGGUGUUUCUGGGACAGUAAAUUCACCAGCUAACUGGCCUCCUCCCAUGUGGCCUACUAACAACAUAAAUAAUAACUAUCCUGUCACCUGUCCACCCAUGAAAGUUCCUCCUUGUAAUCCAAAUGACAUGAACAUCUAUAACAAUUCAGCUAUGCUUCCAAACACUUUACCUGCUGUUAAUGGAGUGGCAGGACACCAGCAUCAACAAUCAAUAAUGGCCGCAGCUAUGGCGGCAAUGGCAAAUAUAUAUCCUUGGAAUAGUGGCGGUGGUAAUGGUAGCGGAAAUUCCGGUAUCUUAAGUGGAAUCCCUGGUGUAUCAACAGCUGGCUCAAAUCGUUGGGUAUGUCCUCAAGUUAGCACUGCAUUCCCUGGUGUCAACCCAUCGACUGCACAACCGUACUACCAAGAACAAUAUCCUACAUUAAAGCCUAGUGGUGGUAAUUAGUUGUUGUUGUUGGUUCUGUUGCCAUCGGGAGUUUUCACACCACAUACUUAACGUGAAGAGGUAAUUUAAAACGUAAACUGCUCUUGACUUUUGGAUUGAUAACUCCUUACUGUCUGUUCGUUUUCUUUUUCGACUGAAUAAAAUAUGCUUCUUUCCUUGUUUAUUCAUUUCUACGAAAUGUAGUUAAUAAAUUUAGCAAAUCGCAAGGUCGUUCAUACUAUUAUGACGAAAAUGAUCAGGAUUCUUUGUAGUUAUGCUCGCUAUCAGUAUCGAUUUUCUACUUGUUCUCUCUUUGCGUCCUGUUUAUUUAAUGUGUUUAGAUUUCAGGGUUGUCUCCCGGUUGCAAAGUAGUCGUUCAUAUUGUUAGCAUGUUUAUAUAUAUAUAUAUAUAUAUAUAUAUAUAUAUAUAUAUAUAUAUAUAUUGAAGCCUAAAAACAGCUUUUUGUUCGAAAUUGAUCAGAUUUAUUUAUACCUGAUCUCUCGUUGCACAUGAUUCUUCUGAUAAUCCUAAAGUAAUCUUGAAUGCAGUUGGUUUGUCAGUCUAAUUCCUGGUAGAGUUGCAAUCAUUUGUCCCAUCUAUUCAUUAUGUUGUUAAUUCUAGUGUGUUUAAUUUUCUGCAAGUCAACUUUUUGAUGCUGCCAUUCUAUAUAAAUAAAUUUUCGAUUACAAUUUUCUUGUGUUGUACUAGUUUUAAUUGGAGGCCAUUAUAUUCAAAAAUAAACCUCACUUUUAUAUUGCCUCUAUUAAAUGCUUGUCUUUCGUACUCACCUGAUUCUGCUGUGGUUUGCGUAUUAUUGUUAUUAUAACUUGAACAAACUAUUAUACAUGAAUGGUAUACCUCUGUCUUAGCCACUCUCAAAUUGUAGUGAAGUUUUGUUGUUUUUUUCCAGACUGUUACUAAUUAACAUUCAUUCAUUUAACUGUAAUCAAAUCAUAUCCAUAUUACCUUUCUGCUCGUUUCCCUUUACAACAAAACCUCUGAAAUCUUUUGUUAUAAUCUGUAAUUUUGAUUACUAUAACAUCUAUGUUCUCUCAUACUACCAGUGGAUAGAUUUGAUAUAUAUAUCGUUUUUUGAGGGAAAAAGUUAACAAUCUUUUCAGGCUGUUGCGUUUUUAGCAAUUGCCAAAAUUUUCUUAGUGAACUUUAGCUUCCUUGUUUGUUUUUCUGUCCUACUACACGGUCAGUUGGUUGACGUUUCCUCGUCAGUGUAAUGUACUGUAUCAUAGAUCAAGCAUCCUACUAUUAUUUGUCCAAUGUUCUCUCAUUCUUAGUGAAAAAUAUAUGGGUUCGUCAAAGUGAUUUCCUCUAGAAAGUUUAUGCACUGGCCCUCCCACUUUUCUUUAUAGUUGUCGUCAGCCAAAUUAUACUUAAAGUAAAUCUCAACACUUUCGUAAGUGUCGAUCAGUCCUUUUUAAAAUUAUACCAAAAUCAUUAUGCUGUCGUCGCAUUCCAUACAGGGGAUAUAAUUGUUCACAUUGUAGAAAGACCAUGUAUUCUAAUUUCUGCUAAUUCAUGUUGAGCUGUUUAGGAUUACUUUGAUCGGUUCUAAAGAAUUUCUUUUUAGAUUACCAACUCCUUUGGUUUGAUGACAAUUGUGUAGGAGUCUAUAACAAUAAUACACUCCAAGUUUUCAUCCAAUAAGGUACAGUUGACUGUAUUUUUGGACCACUUGGGGAUCUCAAUCAUGACUUCAAAGUAAAAGUUCGGUUUUUAGAUUCUAAUAUGAGAUCAGAUUUGUUAUCCAGCAGUAGGCGCAUUACACUGUAUGUAUCUUAACAGCUUUAGUGUGUAGCUACCUACGUCUAAAUAAAUCAGCAAAAUACAUUAUCAAGUUACGGAUAUCACCAUGAAACCAAGCUAACAAACAUUGAUUUUAGAAGUCGAGUAAGAGACAAUCAUUGUUAACUGCUUGGAGACGUUGCAAACUAAGUUUUUGUAAAAAAACAAGUAGUUUUUUUAAUUAAUGGGGGAAUGUACAUGUUACACUAAUCUACUUUGAGCUAGUUACAUGAUUCCAACAUAACUGUAAAAAUAAGACAUUUAGCCAGUAGUUCUUGUAACUAACUAACUACGGCUUUUAAGGAUCGAAGGCAGGUAUUUGUUUGAGUCAAUAUUCCAUGCUAUAAUAAACGACUGAACAUUUUUGGCACAUAUUUCCAGAGAUCUUAAUCCAACGCUGGGCGUUUUUGUCUCAAAUCUCAAGUACCUCUAUGCCUGCUCCAAAACGGCCAUGCUCGUGUUGUAUUCAGCCAGCAAAAGCAACAGUAGUUAAUAUCACUAUCCACUAACAGUUCUCCUGAAUAGCGUGUGUCAGUUUCAAAAAAUUAGACACUUCUUCGGUAGUCGGCCAUGAUGGUCGCAUUGGCUAGCGGCCUCAUUCGGUUUGACGCUCCUGAUAAAAAGCUCUCCAGCGAAGAAACUUUUCACGACAUAAUUAACAUAAAGUUGUGCAAUCGUAUUCGUAGUUAGUUUUACGCUUAAUAGUAUGUAGUGAAGGGUGUUGCUUCAGUAAAUAAUUACGCCUGUUACCCCCAAUAGAACAUAGGUCACUGAUCAGCAUUCUCCAACCCCCUCUGUCCUGGGCCUUCCUUUCUAGUCCUAUGCAAUUGUUGUCCAUUCUUCUCCAUUUCUCGGCGUAAUGUGUUCUUUUGUUUUCUUCUCCCUCUUUGACCUUGAGAAUUCCAAGUGAGAGCUUGUCUUGUGACACAGUUGGUUACUUUCCUCAAUGUGUGUCCUAUCCACCUCCAGCGCUUCUUCCUCCACUGGGACCUAGUUUGUUCUAUCCCAUGGCGCGUUGUUGCUGACAGUCUCUGGCCAGCGGAUGCGAAGUAUUUUGUGUAGACAAGUGUUAAUCAACAUUUGUAUCUUCUGGAUGAUGGAUUUCGUAGUUCGCCAUGUUUCCGCCCCAUACAAUAGAACUGUCUUGACAUUUGUAUUUAAAAUUCUGACUUCGGUGUUGGUUGACAGUUGUUUUGAGUUCCAAGUGUUCUUCAGUUGUAGAUAUGCUGCUCUUGUUUUGCCGUUCGCGUCUUCACAUCUGGAUCAGACCCUCCGUGCUCAUCAGUGAUGCCACUUCAGUAAAUAGGGUUAUGAAAAAUAAUGUUCUUAAAUAUCGGCAGACAACAAACUCGAUCGUUAAAAAUAUGCUAGUUCACAAUGAUUUCUGUAAAAUUCUGAGAGAGAUGUUUCAAACUUAUGAUUGAUAUAAUCAUUAAGACGACCAAGUGGAACUAUAUAGUAUUUGACUGAUUUUACCAAUCCUUAACUCGAGAUUCAAUAAGUGAGAAAUGAUUACUAAAAAGUUCUGUAAACUUACUGAAAUUAAGUGAACAUUCACUAAGUAGCGCUAGACAAGGUGUCGGGUUUUAUAUACUAUCCUACUAGAAGUCUAUCCAUGAAGGUUAGCAAAUAGUAAAGUGAUCUCUAUCAUCAAUCACUCAUUAACAUAUGAAGCGUUCAAUCAAAAUAGUAUGGUUGACCUCUGAUAGAUUAGGCCGCCAACCAGCAACAUCCAUUGAAUUUUGCCCUGGCCUUUCUUUUCCCGUUAAUCUGUCCCGUGCUCUUUUCCAGUUGUUCGCUAAUGCUAUUCAUAAUCUCAAUGCCUGUUUAAUAUUCUCGGCCCCAAAUGUUCUGUAAUGUAGCAAUUGAGUAGGACUUAUGAGUGAUUAUUGAAUAACUUUAGAAUUUCAAUGUUUGAAACGAAAAUCUAUUUGGAACCUAACUUACCUCCUAUCCUCCCUGAAAACAAUAUACAAGAAAUAGAUCGAGCAAAGUAGAUAUUCCUUCUGACCAGUUAAUCACUUGAUUUAUAUUGUUAUUUGAGGUUUUAACAAAAACUGUGUUCCACAAUUCGUGAUGUCAUUAGUCAGAUUUUAAUGUUUGUGAUAUGCUGACGUUUUACACACAGUAUAUAUAUUUCAUUUUAAGUGAUUAAAAAAGAAGUAUCUAUUAAUUCAACUGCUCCUGUGGAGCAAGUUAUAUUGACAGAUGUUCUAGGAAUUUGUACAUUCGGGCUCGUGAGCACCUACCCGUGUGGUUAAGCAAAGGUGUUAUCAAAACUGUUAACAGCUCCAUCUUAGACCAUUUAGUCCAAACAGGACAUACAGCAAAAAUGGAGCAAUCUUUUGCAAUAAUCUAUCGUGUCAACAGCGGUCUACCUAUUUCCGUCGGACUGCGAAUCCUACAGACGGCUAAAGCAAUUGCUAUUCGGAUCAAAAAGCCAGAGUUUUGUAUCCAAAAGAAGUAUGUUCAGCCACUCCUUUUACCCUGGUCAUCUAACUAAUAAUCAAUCUUAUAAUGUGGUGACGUAAUCUGAUUAAUGUUCAUUUUAUGUCCCAAACUUAUUAUUAUUAAUGUUAUUAUUAUUAUUAUUAUUAUUAUUAUUAUCAUUAAUAUUAUUGUCUUUACACUUGAUAACCACUUUUUGAGGAAUUUAUUCAAUAUCCACCCCUGAAUCUACUAUAUUUGACCUAAUUAUUUUACAUAUUACGUAAUUUCCAAUUUGUAAUCACAAUAUUCUCUCUCUCUCUUACCCCAUGUUGACUAUAUUUAUUCUGAUAAUUUAUCUCACAAUUUCAUUUCGCUUAUAAACUGAUUCAAGUUAACACUUCAUAAUAGUCAUCCCAACAUUAACGAUUUUAUUUAUAUAACAAACAAUUCCUGAUUCACAUAUUACAAUUUCCAAAUGAUGUAUUUUGCCUUAAAUCUGGCCAAUUUUAUGGAUUAUUAAUCUGGAUUUAUAAUUGUAGAACCUGAUGAGAAAUUAUUGAAAACAAUAUUCGUCGUUCAUACAAUUGAGUAAAUAAACAGUCAAUCAGUUUGAGUCUUCAAAAUUAUUCACUAAACAACUAACAAAAAGAUUAAGAUGAAAUGAUUGUGAUUACAAUUAAAUGAGCUUUUAAAAGUGGCAUUACAAAUUCAUUAUGAUAAAGUUACCAAUAUUUUGUUAUUUAGAUAUGGGUUUAGAGUUACUUAAUGAAUUAAUUAUUUAGAUAACCAUGAAAAACCAGGGAGUAAUAAGAAACAUUCUACAUUUCGAGAUUCGUUUUUUAUCUGAUACAGAAUAAUGAUCUACUGAUCUCAUUAAUGGUACCAGUUUGACGUCCGAUAUGGUACGACUUCGUUACAUUCAUACAUUCUCAGUUGAAAUUUUGGACUUAAAUUAUACUAAAUUAUACCUAUUAUUAAUCAUAGAGCAUACGCAGUCGACGAUGGCUAUCCUAGUAACUCUGUCCUGGGUUUUCGUUUCCAGUCGUUCCUAAUGUUAUUCAUACUCUCAAUGCAUGCUUACGAUUUUCGACGCCAUCUGUUCUUUGGUCUACCUCUUCAUUUUGCUCUGAGCAUUUCAAGUUGGGGUGUGUGUUGUGAUGCUGUUUGAUGAUUUAAGUAAAGUGUGUCCUAUCCAACUUCAACGUCUUUUCCCAAUAUCCUCGUCAUCAGGAAGCUGGUCUGUUCUUUGUCACAGUCGGUUGUUUCUGAUUAUCUCUGGUCAGUCGGUCUGGAGUAUCUUGAAUAGACAGCUAAUUGGAAACACCUGUACAUCUUCGAUGAUCGCUAUAAUAGUCUCGUUGAUUCGGCUCCGUACAAUAGAACUGUCUCGAUGUUUAUAUUGAGUAUUCUGAAUUAUAAGAAUGCUACCAUUGUUUCGCCAAUCCUUACCGUCACAUCCGCAUCAGAUCACCUUUGUUUAUCAAUGUCAUUGUCGAGAUAUGUAAAGAAACCUAACCAUCAAGUGUGAUUUUGUUGAUGAUCGCUGUAUUGUAUUUCAAGAUGUCGUUUUUCCAUUGUGAAUGGCUGAACCUACUGUUGCAGAGACUGCAGCUGCUACACUGACUGUCUUUAUGUGCAUUAUUGUUACUCAUGGGACAGAAAUGCAAAGUUAUCUGUGAAGACCAAACAAUCAAGUUAUGUUUAAAGUGUCUACUUUGUUCCGUAGUUGCCUUGAGAUGUGGGGGUCUCUUAUAUAUUGGGACGAUAAGUGAUUGUGACCAGUCAAAUGGGAUAACGUCCAACUCCCAGAUCUUGGCUAAAAAAUUAGUCAACCUAAUCGCCAAAAUUGGACCACCAUCCAUAAAGACUUCUGGAGCCAAUCCAUCUGGACCAUCUGCCCUUCCUCGUUUCAGAUUAACUAUUAGCCUUCUGAACUUCAGCUAGAGUUGGGGGACCUACUUCAAUGUCCCAUUCACACUGUCUGGGAAUGGAGGGUAGUUGUAGAGUAGCUGAAGGCCAGUUGAACUGUUCUCUAAAAUGUUCCGCCCAUCGUUCUAAACGUCUGGACUGGGAGCAGAUGAG